AUUUAUUUUACUCUCUUAAACCUCUCAUUUUUCAUAUAUUAUAAACCAGUAACCAACAAUAUACUGUUGGUUUCUGAUUUAUAAAAUCCGACCACCUGAGAAUUUGUUGCAGGAAAUUAGAGCAUUUAUAUGUCAGGUCUUCGUGGUCCAGAUCUGGUGAACUUGGGUCUCAAAUGGAUCAGUUACAAAAUGCUGCUCCUGUAUCUGGUGGUAUGGGAAUGCAUCUUCUACAGAAAAUGGGUUGGCGACCAGGAGAAGGUUUAGGGAAAGAGAAAACUGGCACUUUGGAGCCCCUAUUACUUGAAGUUAAACUAAAUAAAAAAGGCCUUGUUACUACUGAAGAACAGAGAAAAAAACAGCCUGUUAAAGGGAAUCCUAGUCCGAAACUAUCUAUUAAAAGUCUGGAAAGUAAGCAUCCAGUGUCUCUACUUGGAGAAUACGCUGCAAAGAAAAAAUUAGGGCCCCCGAUUUACGAACUUUGCGAUGAAAAUGGACCGGAUCAUAAAAAGACGUUUAUGUUUAAGGUAAUUUUGAAUGGCAUUGAGUAUAAACCAAAAACUCCAAAUUUUAAUAAAAAACAUGCGAAAAAGGACGCUGCCCAAACAUGUUUGCAAAUGUUGGGGCUACUACCGCCCUCUUAAAUGCGAAUUUUUUUUAUUGUUAAUGAUGUAGCUUGUUAUACAUUAACUGUAAUUAAAUAAAUAUUGUAAAAUGUUUCGAAAAGCAGUAUUCUGUAAUCAACUUUAGAUAGU